CUCGCACACAGACUCGGAGCCACCGCUGAGGCGCCUCAGCCUUCAGGACACGGGACGUCGGACACGCCGGCUUCGCGCCUCGGUGCUGCCGGAGCGCCCGCAGCCCCCGCCACCCAGCGCGACCCCCGGCACUACGGGAACCGACGGAGGCCCGGCGCGCUACCCACCUCCCGCCGAGCAAAUCCAGAUAACAAGAAGUAUUUGGCCACACAGUUUUGGCCAGGACAUCAGAGGCAUUAGAGCUUGUGAAUAAAGAAGAUGCUAAUGUUUGACCCAGUCCCUAUCAAGCAAGAAGCCAUGGACCCAGUUUCAGUGUCCUACCCAUCCAAUUACAUGGACCAGCUGAAGACAAACAAAUACAGCGUCAUUUAUUCUACACCAAGCAUGUUGCACAAUAAAUUCUACUCAAACCCUGAAGGACUAUCAAAUGGAAUCCAGAUGGAGCCAGUAGACCUUACAGUGAACAAACGGAGCUCACCACCUUCAACUGGAAGUUCUCCUUCCCCUCUAAAAUUUCAGACUGUGCAUAGGAGAACUUCACCUGGAUUGACUCUGUCCUCACCCAGCUCACCUCUCAGUAAAUUCACACCAUCACCCCCAGGAGUACAGCCCAUUUCCAUGCCAAUAACAAUCCCACCUGUAAUGGCUGCUGCUCUUUCACGCCACGGACUGAGAAGCCCUGGAAUACUCCCAGUCAUCCAGCCUGUUGUGGUCCAGCCAGUUCCUUUUAUGUAUGCUCCCCAUCUUCAGCAGCCCAUCAUGGUGUCCACAGUUCUUGCAGAUGAGAUGGAAACUCCAAGUAGCAUGCAAGUGCCUGUCAUUGAGUCUUACGAGAAGCCUACAUUGAAGAAAUCAAUCAAAGUAGAGCCAGGAAGUGAACCAUUGAAAACUGAAUUCUAUCCUGAACAAAUGUCACCUCCAAUGAUGACCUCAUUGUCUCCCCAGCAAGUAAUGUUGCAAGAGAAUCAUCCUUCAGUUAUAGUUCAGCCAGGAAAGAGACCUUUACCUGUAGAAUCUCCAGACACACAAAGAAAACGCAGAAUACAUCGAUGUGAUUAUGAAGGCUGCAACAAAGUCUACACUAAAAGCUCCCAUCUGAAAGCUCACAGAAGGACCCACACAGGUGAAAAGCCAUACAAAUGCACUUGGGAGGGAUGCACGUGGAAGUUUGCUCGUUCUGAUGAACUAACGCGGCAUUUCCGCAAGCACACGGGAAUCAAACCUUUCCAGUGCCCAGACUGUGACCGUAGCUUUUCACGUUCAGACCAUCUUGCCCUUCACAGAAAACGCCACAUGCUAGUCUGAAUGUCUUCUGUCCCUGACUUCUGUCACAUUUUUGUUUUUUUUUCACACAUACAUUUUAAUUUGGAUUCAGCUGGUCUGAAUCUCCGAGUUUAUACCAUUAAAAGCUUACAUAUGGUCAGUAACAGUUGUUAUCUAACCCUUCUAUGUCCUUGCCACGGGUCAGACCUAAAGAAUGUGAACACUUUUAUUUUUGCCUCCUGGGGGUGCUAAGUAAGCCCUUUCUGCAGACAGUAUGUUUAAUGUAUUCCAUUGUGAAUAAGGGAACUUGUAAACUAACAGCUUUUGUUGGUUUCUUCAUAUAAUCAACCCAGCAUAUACUGAUAAAGUAGUAAAUGUUACUGAAUAUCCACAGUGCUAGUCCUUGCCAGAGACUUUUAUUUAUGUGUCCUGUAGGGGAUACACUCACUUUAUUCUCAACAAUGCAAUGAAUGGAUGCUCCCAAUCAUGCUGAUUUCUGCAGUAUGGUUAAUGUAACAGUUUUAGAAAGGCACCUGAUUCAUAAAUCCCCUCUGUGCGAACAGUGAGUGACACUGUAGAAAUAAAUCUAAGCAAUACAAUUACUUUACAGAAAGAUUGAAUCACAGUGUCAUUUACUCUAGCCAAGAAGAAAAAUUGGCAGGAAUUGGUCUAUACAUAAUAUUGUGCAUCUACACAAGUGUCAUUUGUCCUCUGUAUUAUAGUGUAGUAUAUGUCCUUGUUUUUACAGCCCUGGUGCAUUGGUUAAGUGAAGACCUUGUGUGAGGCUGAAUGUCUGGUGUUUGUGCAAGUGUAUGGAUGGAAUGCACACGGUACUCUCCUACAUCAUGGCAUUAAAUGAUACUCAAAGAAAACCACCACACC